AUGCCGGACAGCGUCUUGCUCGCCAUCGUGGCGCUCGCUGUCGUAUCGGCAUGGAUGGCGUUCUCUCUCGCUCGACGCAACCAGCCAUCCAUGCAAGUAGCCUUGCCGCCGUCGUCCUACGCGCCUGUCGUCCACGCAGCAAGCCGGGCCACCGAGAACGACGCGCAGCAACGGAAUUCUGCCGACGACGACUACUGGUCCGGCCUGCCGGACGACCUCCUGUUCACCAUCAUGUCGUCGCUGGACGUCCCCAGCCUCCGGCGAGCCGGUGCCGUCUGCAGGUCCUGGCGCGCGGCGCACAACGCCUUCUGCCUCCCCGCGCUGGAGCGAGCGUCGUGCCUGUUCUACGCCUGCGAGGAGUACGGGCCCAACGACGCCGCCCUCUACAGCAUCGCCACCGGCUCCACCUUCCGUGUCCCCUUCCCGGGGCCCCCGCACGAGAAGCGGGGCUUCACCUUCGCGUGCCACGGCGGCUGGCUGUUCACCACCGACGAGGUCGGCGACCCAUAUCUCCUCAACCCGGUCACCGGCGUCCAGGCAGCUCUCCCGCCGGUCAAGACAAUCUACAAAAAUCACGAAUUCUACGACGACGGCGGCAAGCAUGUCCAUCCUGCUGAUCCCGAGGACGGGAUCAUGCUACCCUAUGUCUUCUAG